AUGUCACAAUCGGUGGAUGUUCCCGCACGGGGACUUAUAAUAUAUAAAGUUGCAAUUGACAUUGACUUUGGUUCACAAACGAUAAAAGGAAGAACGGACAUAAACAUAAUGCCCAUUGAUCCAGAGCUAAAAAAAGUUGUUCUAGAUUGCUACCAAGCUGAUAUUCAUGCAUGCUAUAUAAAUAAUGAACCAGCGCACUUUGUUUAUGAUGAUGCUUUACGGCGGCUGCGUAUACAGGAACCAAGUAGUAACGUAAGCCAUUACAAUCAGCUAAACUCUCAAUUUGAAACAAGUGUGAAUGAUUUAGGAGGAUUAUCAAUUCUUUUACCAAAGUCACAGGGAGAGGAACCUUCACCUAUAUUGGUUUCGAUUGAAUUCUCUGUUCACCAGCCUACGUCUGGCAUAACGUUCGUUGGCGUCGACCCCAUCGAUCAUCGUUAUCCUCAUGUUUACACCAAUAAUUCUAUAACGCCUUAUAGCACAUCAUCCUGGCUUCCUUGUGUUGAUGGUAUAUGGGAGCGUUCCACCUGGGAAUUUGAAAUCACAAUCCCUAAAACUCUUGGAGCUCUCUCCAAGUCUUCUUCUACUGACCAAUUGAACGGGUUUACAAGUGAGUCGCAACAAAAGCUUUCUGAAGAUGAUGAUAUGCAAGGCGGUUUAAACCAAAACCAACGUGCUUCUGUCACAGAAACAGAUUUUUCUGAAGAUCAUGACAUGGAAGUUAUUUGCUGUGGUGAUCUACUAGAUCAGGUUACGCAUCCAAAAGCUACUCAUAAAAAGACAGUAUAUUUCACUGUUUCUACGCCGGUUGCUCCAAACUAUAUUGCGUUUUCAGCUGGUCCUUUUAAACAUAUAAAUUUGACGGACUUUCGGGAACCAGAAGAUGAUGAUGCAAUGGGCUCAAGUGCUAUUGAAAUUGCUGGCUACUAUCUUCCAAAAUAUGCCGAUGAAGUUGAAAAUACUUGUGUGUUUAUGUAUAAAGCUAUGGACUUUUUUGUAAGAGAAUAUGGCUCUUACCCGUUCAAUGCAUUUAAACUCUGCUUUGUUGAUGAAACGAAUUAUCCAAUUAUUUCUACUCCGUCCCUUGUGAUCGCUAGUAAUUCUAUAUUGUUUCCAAAAGACAAUUUGGAUGAUAUUUAUGAGUCUACGAAGACACUUACCUGGGCGCUAGCUAGCCAGUGGAUAGGUGUAUAUCUAAUUCCUAAGGCUUGGAAUGAUUUAUGGCUUAUCUUCGGUUUAUCGUAUUUCAUAACGGGCCUGUUUUUGAAGAAGAUGAUGGGAAAUAAUGAUCAUCGUUUUCGACUCAAAAAGGAUGUUUUAAAGUUACUAGAGUUGGAUAUUGGUCGUCCUCCUAUAGCUCAUCCUGAUUUAACUCUUCCAAUUGAUCCAAACACAUUAGAUUUCAUAGCAUUAAAAGCACCGCUUGUAAUUCAUAUACUUGAGCGUCGUCUAACAAAGACUGGUGGGUCUUUAGGAAUGUCGAGAGUGAUACCUAAACUACUACUUCAAGUUAUGAGCGGUGAUAUGUUAAACGGAUGUUUGAGUACUUCUCAUUUUCUCAAAACAUGUGAGAAAGCUAGUCAUAUGCGCUUAGAUAUCUUUGCUCAGCAAUGGAUUUUUGGUUAUGGAUAUCCUAUCUUUCGCGUUGUCCAAAGGUUUAAUAGAAAAAAGAUGAUUAUUGAAAUGGGUAUUGAUCAGGUACAAACUAAGGAAACUCCAUCUAUACCCGCAUCGGAAGAAAAUUUUGUUUCCGACGCUAUAAGACACUUGAAUGAUAAACCGGUUGCUUCUGGUCUUCCGGUGUUCAGUGGACCUAUGACUAUCCGUAUUCAUGAGGCUGACGGUACUCCUUAUGAACACGUUGUUGAAUUGAAAGACUCGUUCACAAAACUUGAUAUUCAAUAUAAUACGAAGUAUAAGAGAAUUAGCCGGAAUCGUUCUACAAAAAAUGUUCGCAAAGAUAACAGCGAUCAUGGUGGUGAUGAUUCUGACUAUGUUAUAAGAAGCUUGGGUGACGUCCUUCAAAGUGACGAAGAUAUCGAAAAAUGGAAGCUAUAUGAUUAUACGAAGGAAGACGAAGACACUAUGGCUACUGAAGCUUUUGAAUGGAUCCGUGUUGAUGCUGAUUUUGAGUGGAUAUGCGAUUUACGAGUUCGUCAACCUGAGCAUAUGUUUGUUUCCCAGAUUCAGCAGGAUCGGGAUGUUGUUGCUCAAUUAGAGACGAUCAGACACUUCACUGGAAAUAGCUUCACGAUUUCCCGACAGGUAUCGACAGUUUUACUUAGAACUUUAUUAGAUACCCGUUAUUACUAUGGAGUACGUCAAGAAGCAGCUCAAGCUUUGGCUAAUUGCGCGGCACCUGAAUUGGAUUGGAUUGGAUAUUAUCAUUUGCGCACGGCGUUUUUGGAAAGUUUCUGCUUUGAAAAUUCAACUAUUCCAAAAAGUAAUGAUUUCAGUAAUAUCUCGGAAUAUUACGUAAAAUGUGCUAUGGUUAAGGCUUUUGCUAAUGUCCGUGAUCGCAAAGGUAUCACCCCCUCGUCCGUUAAGAAGCUUUUAUUAGAUUUACUUUGCUUUAAUGAUAAUGCUAAUAAUGAGUUCUCUGACUCUCAUUUUAUUUGUCUGUUAAUUGAAUCUCUAGUUGACGCUCUUAUUCCGAGGGGCGAAACUGUGCAAUAUGCCUUCAGCAAUCCUGAGCACAUGGAGUUUGUUCACCAGGCGAUAAGCGAAAUUGAUCGACACAUGCGUAUUGACGCUUGCAUGCCUUCAUAUAAAAAUAUUAUCACAAUUAAAGCCCUGGAAGCGAAGAUUCGUUUGGCUAGAACCUUUCAUUUAAAUUUUGGCCCUAGAGAGCUAUUUCCAUAUACUCAGGAAAGUAAUUAUAAUGCUGUUCGCUCAGUGGCAUACGAUUUGAUGCUGCAAUCUGGAGCAUUAAAGAAUGAUGCUUUGAUCAAGUACAUGUUUUAUAUACUUAUAAACGAUCUUUCACCUGCUGUACGUCGCUCACUAAUGUAUUCUAUCCAGAAAGGAUUCGGUUGCUUAGCACGGGGUGGGGCCAAAACAGAAUUUGCAUCAGACGAUUUAAUCGUUGAAGAAGAUAUCACGAAAGCUAUCGAAAAGCGCAUAGACAUUACAUCUCGAGCUAGUAUUUCUGGUGCCAUUGAGGCACUGCGAAACGAUGUCGGGCAAAACAGAGUAUUAUCUGAGGAAAUGUGGAAAGCUAUUAAUGAUCCUAAAAUAGACUUAAUGACCAAACGAAAUUUACUGAUGAUAUGUCGAGUGUUAUACAAGGCUAAAUCUUCAUUAAUUGUUACAUUGAAGAUCCCUAGUCUUAUUCCACGCUUGCGUGCCAUCCAUCUUGGAAAAGGUAAAAUUGUCAUAAAAAAGGCGCCACUAAAACAUUAUGGGAAAAACAAAGAAAAAACACCUUCUCAGAUUCCCGAUCCAAGUCCCGUUAUUAAUAGUAAUAGUAAUAAUAGUAAGCCGAAAGGACCAACCUUGAAAAUCAAGUUAAAGCUUUAG